GUGACCUGGCAACCAUAGUAUGACGUGUCACCUACGCCAAAGAUCAUGGCAGUCCGGGGGCGGCAAAUCUGUUGCGGAGGUGGCGGCUGGACAAGCGUCGUCCUUGGAGGGGAUCUCGACGCCCAAUGCCAGUCCGAGUCAGACAAUCGCGUGUUCGAGGGGAAGCUUUUGCCUCGUGGAUGGCCCUCAGUGAUUCUGCAGGACCGAAGUGGGGAUGGCAGCGCAGCAGCACCGUUUGGCUUUGCUCGACCACGUGGUCCGAGGAGAAGGUCAUGGAGCGAUGAAUGCCCGGCAGCUUCCGUUGGCUGUGUUCGGGCACAAGGUCCGAGGAGAAGAUCGUGGAGCGGUAGGAGUAGGAGGCGGUCAUGGAGGGCCAGCGCGGGUAAUGACUUGAUGGGAUUAGAAGAAGGUGAGAGGGAGGUGGGAAUGAGCGAUGAGAUGUGUUGGCAGCGGGCACUUUUCUCCUGGCAGUCAACCUGCGGAAGAAACACGUGGCGCAGCUGCGCGCCGUCAGCCCCGCGGCCGCUCAAAAGCAGCGCUUGGCGCCGUUGCGCGCCGCCGCAGUCAGUUCACUCAGGCAGUGGUUCCGCUACUACCGGUAGCCUUCGGAGGCUUGGAUGUGUGAGGCCCCAAACAGGACACGUGGCACGCAGCAGCGGACAUCUGACGGCUCACUGGUGUCCAUCUACGAUGCACCGCCGGACGCCACGUGGAUACGGACUUCCCUCUGCAAUGGGGCAUGAUGGCGGGAGCAGUGCUUCCAUGUCACCAAGUCGUGGUCUUGUGCUUCGCUCUGUUCCAAACUUCUCGUUGUUCCGACCGGCGUGCGCGGGUGGGCCGAAUCUUCGGUAUCAAGCCAAAUGCCGUCGGAUGGGCCUAGCUGGAGCGUGGAUGAUGGAGGAUGUAUCAAUCACCGAGCCAUCAAUGCGGCUGAUCGCGACGGCGGACAGUCUGAUCUCGAUGCUAGGGCCGUCGAUCGUCGUCCUGGCAGCCGCGAUAAUCAGCUUGGCAGCCGGGUACGCUGCAGGGGCGGCGCAGGGGCGGGCGCGGAGUGGGGAGGACGAGCGGCGGGGGAACUUCGAAGGAGAGGAGGGGAAGGGGAAGGCGCGAGUGAAGGGAGAAGGAGAAGGAGAAGGAGAAGACGAAUCAUCUCCGUCACUGCUGCUGUCGCUUGGGGAAUCCUGGUCGGGAUCGGGAGCGGAGGAAUCCGGAUCGCAACCUUCUUCCCCUGAUCGAAGCAGAACUCCCAGAAAACGCCGAUCUUGGAGCAGGGGGCGGAGACCCAGGCCGACGCGCGCAGCAGAAACCGAAGCGGGCCAAGGGCAGCACGGAACGGCAAAGGCCAACGGAACGCUGGAGUGGAAGGCGGGGGCGGACGGAAGGGUGGCGGGGGCGAAGUGCAGCAAGCGCAGCAGUAGUGCGGGCCCGGGGGGACAUCGCGCGAACGGGAAGCAAGGGUCGUCGUCGUGCGGAGGAGCUGGAGGAGGAAGGGGGGACGAGCAGGAGGAGAAAUGGGAGGAGGAGGAGGAAGAGCGGGAGGAGAAGCAGGAGGGCGAAGGGGAGAAAAACGAUCCACCAUCUGUUGUUGUUAAGCAGUGAGAGGAGGGCAGAGGGGGAGGAGCAAGGGGAGGAGGAGGAGCAGCACGAGGAGGAAUAGCGGGAGAAGCAGGAGCGGGAGAGGAGGGAAGAGGGGGAGGAGCAGGGGGAGGAGGAGGAGCAGCACGAGGAGGAGGAAUAGCGGGAGGAGCAGCAGGAGGGUGAGUGGGAGAAGGAGCAGCGGGAGGAGGAGGAAGAGCGGGAGGAGCAGCAGGAGGUCUUGAAAUUUUGCGUUAUCCAAUGGAGACACUUGCACUCCCAGAAAGCAAUGUGAAGCGUUAGCGGGAACCACCUUGAGACCCUAGUUGUUGACUUUUAAUUUGUACGGGAGUUUAAAUAAAAUAUACUGAUUUAAUAUUCCAAUUAAUCGAAGCCUCCGAUAAAUCGCGCUAGGUGUU